GUCACGCUAGAAACUAAAAAAACAAGAGCACGAAAUCGUUUGCUUCUGUAGAGCGAACGAUUUUUAAUACAAUUGACCGGCAGACCGAACAACAAAAUUUGUAUCAUUCCCUUGGCAAAGCAAGCACACAAAUUCAAAAAUGAGUGACGACUUUCUGAGGAAACCAUUUUCAUUGGCGCCCGCGCCAGCCGCUGAUGAAGCCACAACAUCGAACUACACAUCGGGUGCAAGCAAAUUUAGUAGUGGGCCGGUGUCGCCAUACCUCAACUACGAUUCACGCUACCUGCAGCGGGCACAGCCCGAGUUUAUAUUUCCCGAAGGAGCCAACAAGCAGCGUGGACGUUUUGAGCUGGCCUUCUCACAGAUUGGCACUUCGGUUAUGAUUGGCGGCGGCAUUGGCGGCCUAGCGGGUGUAUACAAUGGUUUCAAAGCCACCAACGCGCUCAAUCAGACGGGGAAACUGCGGCGGACUCAGUUACUCAAUCACAUUAUGAAGCAGGGUUCCGGAACGGCGAACUCUCUGGGAACCCUCGCUGUGCUCUAUUCGGCGUGCGGUGUGCUCUUGCAAUACGCUCGUGGCGAGGAUGAUCAUGUUAACACAAUAAUUGCGGGCUCUGCCACAGGCCUGCUAUACAAAUCCACAGCUGGCCUACGGAGAUGUGCACUUGGUGGAGCAGUUGGGCUGGGCAUCUCGUCGCUCUAUUGCCUGUACCUGUUAGCUCAGGAGAGAGGCAACAGCUCUAGUCCAAAAUUCCUGUAGAUAACGAUGGCCAAGCUGCCCCGCACGAGCACACGAGCAGACGCUGGUGUAGACACUUCGCAAGGGCUUGACCACGUAACAUGAAGUUAUGUUUUAUAAAUACAUUAAUAUAUCUUAGGUUUAUUUGGACG